CGCCGAACCCUCACCGUGUUCCGCUCAGACGAUAAUAGUCGCCACACCGAAAACUCGAUAGCCUGAUGACGGACUUCCGGGUACCGCAGAGUUUUCUCCGUGGUCAACCCUCGGUUCCUGUCUUCGGUCUGGGUCUCUUCUCUUAACUGCUUCCGCGGAGCGUCGGAGAUCUUUUCAUAGUUCGCUCAGCCUCUGCUUCCUCGGACAUGUCAUCCUCCGCUGGAUGCUCCCCGUCGGGCCAGAGCUCGGGCCUCGGCCCUGCUGUGUCCAUGUUCCGGUGGCUGGAAGUGCUGGAGAAGGAAUUUGACAAGGCCUUUGUAGACGUGGACCUCCUGCUGGGGGAGAUAGACCCAGACCAGGUGGACAUUACCUACGAAGGCCGGCAGAAGAUGACCAGCCUGAGCUCCUGCUUCGCCCAGCUCUGCCACAAAUCCCAAACGGUGUUCCAGCUCAACCAUAAGCUGGAGGCUCAGCUGGUCGACUUGCGGUCCGAGCUGACAGAGGCGAAAGCUGAGCGAGCGGUGGCGGAAAGGGAAGUCCACGACCUGCUGUUGCAGCUGCACGCUCUCCAGCUGCAGCUUCGGGCCCAGCAAGGCCAGACAGAAGACUCAGAUACCAUUAAGGACAGACUGCCUGCACCAACUCUGGAGGUAAUGGAACGAGAACUUGAGGCUGGUAAGAAGGAGAAGGUAGCUGAAGCCAGACUGGAGACAGAAGUGCAUCUUUUUAGAAAGGAAAACGAGGCCCUCCGCAGGCACAUAGCAGUACUGCAAGCUGAGGUGUAUGGAGCCCGAUUGGCUGCCAAAUAUCUGGACAAGGAGCUGGCUGGAAGGGUACAGCAGAUUCAGUUACUCGGUCGGGACAUGAAGGGACCAGCCCAUGACAAGCUGUGGAACCAGCUAGAGGCGGAGAUUCACCUCCACCGUCACAAAACCGUGAUCCGGGCAUGCCGAGGUCGCAUCGACACAAAGAAACCUUUACCCUCUCCUGUGGGACACGAACCUGACUUGCUGAAGAAAACACAGGGAGUAGGUCCCAUCAGGAAGGUGGCGCUGGUCAAAGAGGACCAUGAAGGCCUGGGGAUUUCCAUCACAGGCGGGAAGGAGCACGGCGUUCCCAUACUCAUCUCGGAGAUCCAUCCCGGUCAGCCUGCAGACCGUUGCGGAGGCCUGCACGUCGGAGAUGCCAUCCUUGCGGUCAACAGCAUCAAUUUAAGGGAUGCCAAGCACAAGGAGGCAGUCACCAUCCUGUCCCAGCAGAGAGGACAGAUAGAGUUUGAGGUGGUGUAUGUGGCACCAGAGGUGGACAGUGACGACGAGAACGUGGAGUAUGAAGACGACAGCGGGCAUCGAUACCGCCUCUAUCUGGAUGAACUAGAGGACGGCAGCAGCAGUGGCGGCGGCGGAGCUCCACCCAACAACAACGCUGCCUCACUUCAGGCUCUGGAGAACAUGACCCUGAACAGCGGAGCAGAGAACGGAAACCCCAGCAGCUGCUGUGAAACCCGCCCAGAGGAAGACGGAGCUCCAAAAGCCCCCGAGAACGACGGCUCUUCGUAGAACAUCAGUGGAAUGAACUGAACGGAGUCGGUGACAAUCUGAGGGAACUAACUGAUCAGUAUCUUCCUGGGUUGGGGUGGGGUGAAGCAGUCAUCUUAAGACUCUAACUGAAAUUCAAAGCUGCGUUUUUGGGUGGGUGUUGAGUUCCUAGUUUUGAAACAUUACUGGUUAUAAUCGGGGGUAACAGUGUUGAGGGGGCGGAAGACUGUCACCGGUGAAGACACAGCAAUCAUGAAGGGGGGUUUACUCUACAGUAUGCACAUAUGGAAACACCUCUCACUCUCAGAGACAAACCUGAACAGAUCCUCAAUCUGACAAAUUCACAACCCCCCCCUCCAAAAUAAAGGUUUCUGGUGCUCACCCAUGAACAUCAGCUGAAACCCCACCCCCUAGACUCCAAAUGAGGAUGUCAAAAAAAUCACUAACCUCACUCUUCUUUUGGUCAAAUCUGUCUAACUUACAUAAGAGGGGUGGGGGCACUGAAAGAGGAGAGUAUUUAACUUGCUGUAAAUUGUAUUUUAUUGUCGUUUUUAUUGUGCGCCUGGUGUAAAACACAGCUCCACGCGACCGAACGUCUCCAGAAGCUUCUUCAGGUCUUUAAAGGCCAUCCCUUCACCCUGGAUUCUGUGGAGCAGAAAUAUUUAUUUGUUAUCACUUCUGUGACGCACCAGUGUUCUGACCCAGACUAUCUAUAACUGAGGAGCUGGAACGCUUCCACGUCACUUCCUGUCUUUUCUCUGGUUUCCUGUCUCUGGCUGAGCGUUCUUUCACUAAGAAUGUAGAGUUUUUCUUGUUUUUGUUUUUUAAUAAAGGCUGCUUUAGGUUUGCUUUGUUUGUAA